AUGAAGUGGGUGGAAGUCUUGACUCUUGCUGGUUGGGCUGUUCUAAUUAUGAUCUUGCUGUUAUCACAAUACAUCAAGAUCACACGACAGAACCAGGAACUAAGCCAGUGCAAGUUCCAACAAGACAAAGAGUUAAGUACUUUGUUAAAAGCGUACGUUGAAUGUAUAAGUAGUGAAGAUGUGCCUUCCAUCCAGAGUGCUGUCCAGUUGCUCUCAAACAGUGAGAACUCCAGAGCAGUUGCAGCGGCAGAAACCCGUUACAAGGAACUGAUGGAUAAAGUAAAACUUCCCACUAAUGAUGCCGAUGAACUCCUGCAACAUCAUAUCCAGAGUGAGAAAGCGGCAAUUGAUGUUUUCACACAGCAUUUCUUUUUGGAUGAGAAUAUGGAGUUUCAGAAUGAGAUGAAGGCCAAAAUACAAAGUUUGUAUGAGCAGUACUGUAGAGAAAAUGAGAAGGAGUCUGAGAAGAAAUGCCGAGCUGUGCUGAAUGAGGUAACUAAAGAGUUAGAGAAGAAAUUGAAGAAAAAUGAAUAUGUAAAACCAGGAGGGUAUACGAUGUACUGUUUUGAUCGGGACCAUGCAGAGGAAGCAUAUCUUGCUGCACCAGGAAAAGGUGUCAAGCGGGAAGUUGGAAAGGAAACACAGCAGCCGUUUAAAAAAGGAACAGAACAGCAACCAUUUAAAACGGCAAGGCAUGUGGAUGUGAAAGUUUUGAAACUGCGAGCGAGCCUGGAAUUGGAUGAGUGCAAUGGGAGUAACAGCCGUUGGAUCUGGGAGUAA